AUGUCGGCCCUGGCACCCGAGGAGAGGCCAUCAUCCCCGAAGGGAUCCUGGCCAUCGCCUCAGGACGGAGCUCGGUAUUUCUGUACUGCCGGCCGCGGCCUGGAGCCUUUUCUAAUGCAAGAAGUGCGAGCCCGUCUAGCGGCGACGGAGGUUGAGUAUAUUUCAGGGAAGGUUUUUUUCACUACCAGUGCCGGUUUAACAAUGCUGAAACAACUGAAAUCUGCAGAAAGACUAUUCUUGCUACUUAAAAGGCAACCUCCACUUAUCAUUUCUUCUGGAAGGAAAGGAAAAAUAUUUUAUGAAAUUCAGAGACUUGUAACUGAGGAUCCCAUGUGUUGGGUACAUGCUAUUUCAAUUUGGAGAAGUCUUUUAGACCUGGAAGAAAAACUUCCACCCGAAGUGUCCAAACCCCACAAAAGGGCAGCUGGGGAAAAUGAAAACACCAUCACUAAGAAGUUGAAAAUAGAACAAACACGAGUGAUGCUAGGAGAUAUGGAAUGCCAACUGGAAAAGCAAAAAAAUGACAAGCCCCAGGAACAUGAAGAUCUGAUGACUGAAAAAAAAAACUCUCAAGAAGAGUCUGAAAAUGAUGGGGAGAAAGAAGUUGAAUGUCACCAGGGCCAAUUCACUUUCAGAGUCUCUUGUCGCUGUAGUGGAACAAUUGCAAAAACAUUUACCACAGAGGAGGUGGGAAGAGUUAUUGGAAUUGCUCUUAUAAAACAGUUUGGCUGGAAAGCAGAUUUGAGAAACCCCAAAUUAGAGAUAUUUAUACAUCUAAAUGACAUUUAUUCCGUGGUGGGGAUUCCUGUUUUCAGGCUUCCUUUGGCAAGCAGAGCUUACAUCAAGGUGGCAGGACUUCGUGCUACUAUCGCUUGGACAAUGGCAUCUCUUGCUGAAAUCAAUGUUGGUGCAGUGGUUUUGGAUCCAAUGUGCGGACUUGGAACAAUCCUGUUGGAAGCUGCCAAGGAAUGGCCUAAUGCAUAUUAUUUGGGGGCUGAUGUAAGUGACUCACAGUUAUCAGGUGCAUACGACAAUCUGAAAUCUGCUGGUCUUGUGGAUAAAAUAGAAUUACUUAAGUUCUCUGUGACAGAAUUGCCAUUACUUUCUAAAAGUGUUGAUGUUAUUAUUUCUGAUGUUCCAUUUGGAAAAAAAUUUAAAUUGGGAAAGGACAUAAAAAGCAUUCUUCAUGAAAUGGAAAGAGUACUCUGUGUUGGAGGGACUAUUGUAUUACUGCUCAGUGAAGAGCUCCACAGGUACCUACAAGGUGGUAAGGAAAGCAGCAUUCUGUGGAAUUCCAAGAAGGACAACACAAAGGAAUUCAAAAUUCUAAAGUAUGGAAACGCCAAAGAAAAUAACGGAAUUCAAGAGAAUGUUUCAUCUUCACCUCAAGACCAUAGUCAAGAAUGUUUGGACCCAGGACCCCUUUUUGGCACUUUGGUACAAAUGGAAUGCCACAAAGUUAGCCUUGGAAGAACUGAGGCAUUCCUAUUGAAAUAUAAGAAAAUUCAUGAUUCUGGACUACAAGAGCCUUCUUAAUUUGGUUCAGGUGAUAAAUUCAGGAAUUUGUAUUUUAGGUGUAUGUUGGUGGAGGACCAGUGAUCUUCAUCACAGUUACACAUAGGUAAAUUCUGUUAAAAUUAUUCCAGCCCUGAGCAGGACAAAGACCCACCUCCAUGGACAGUGUCCUCUUCUCUUUCCUGCUUGCCUCCUCCGCAGUUUCCUUGAACUCACCUAGGAAGACCAGUCAGCAAAGAAAACACACCUGCUAGAGGAUGCUCUCCCUUGCUCUCCUCAGCCCCUUCAUAGCUCUUGGCUUAUUAAAGAUAUUUAAUGUUUUGUAUUACCUAAAAUACAUUUUCAAGUUAUAUUCUAAAUACUAUAAUUGAAAGAAUUGGCCCAUGUUUAUAUUCUUUCAAAAUAUGAGGUAUAAUUACCCUAAGCACUGUUUAUUAGACAUUUCAUCAGAAACAUAAAUAAAUCUAUAUAUUAUAUGCAUAUAAUGUAGCACAGAAUGAACGUUUUGUAUAAUAAGUCAUUUUAUAAGUAUAAAACUUCUUAUUUUCUUAAAUGAACAAACUCUUCUGUGAAGUGGUUUUGAUAUGAAUCUAGGUUUUUGUAUACUCUAUAUUUUUCUUAUUUAACAAUGAAAAUUAUUUUCAUUUUCAGUGUAUUGCACCAUCCAGAUUAAGGAUAAUGUCAAUGAACUGAUCAUGGAAACGUCAACA